AUGGAAUCAGGCGUCACAUUUCACGACAAUCCGUUUAUUGCUGAAAUUUCCAUACAAAUUCUUUGGCUUUCCACAAGUUUUCUGAAAGAAUGCAGUGUCAUCAAGACGAUACUAAGAGAUUCUUUAAACUUGAAACCUUCAACUUACGAAAUGAUCGACAUGUUUCAUUCUGAGUUCAAAUACAGUUACGAAAUCUUAAAGAAGACAAAGACAUAG